GAAAGUAUACUUAUUUAGAGACGCCUCGAACAGCUGUCCUUGUGAUUGGAUUCUGCAUGUUGUGGCUAUGAUACAUGCGCUCGGGCUAAGACUUGAAAAAAUUGUUCUCGCUGGAAUUUCCGAGUGUCUCUUUAUUAUUGUGUUGUUCUAGUUUGGUGCUUACAAUCGUAGCCUAGAUUGCCUGCUAUUACGGAUCUCAGCUUAUAAGACCAUGGAAGAGUAUUACUCGUGUAGCUGCUGCUUGGUGCGCCCUCCGGACAAAGGCCUUAAGACACUGUAUAAUCAUCUUGGCAAAGCAGAGAUAUAUUACGACAUGCUGAAAGAAUGUUUCGGUUUAAAUCUAAGUUUAGGAAAUGACGAAUGUGGGAUCUGCGAGGUGUGCGUGGGGCGGCUGCGGGACGCGAACAACUUCAAGCUUCAAGUGCAGCGCGUCCAGGACGUGCUGCACAAGCGGCUAACGGGAGCACUCCCUGCCUCUGCAGGUGACAACGUCAAAAUCAAGUUAGAAAAACCGACUGGAGAUGACGCCAUUUCACGCGGAAUCAAGCAGGAGAAAACAGAGGCGGAGAACGCUGACAGCAACAUCGCAUCAGUUGCAUUGCACAAAGGUUCGUCAGCGCCUUUUGCUCAACCCGUUCCUACUGCGUCCCACAGCGUCUCGGUAGCGCCAGCUCCAAACGUUACCAGGCGCCGCUCCCAUACUGCAGAGAAACCUUACGCGUGCAACAUAUGUGAGAAAAGAUUUGUACAGAAGGGCCACUUAAAUACUCAUUACGCAUACCACAUGGGAAAGUUUAAAUUUUCCUGCGAAUUAUGCAAAAGGGGAUUCGUACAAAAAUAUGAAUAUGCUACUCAUAUGCGGAUACACACUGGUGAAAAACCAUACGAAUGUGAUAGAUGCAACAAAAAAUUUAGACAAAAGGGCAACUUAAAAAUACAUCAAAAUAGUCAUUUGAAAUAUGAUCAUAAUCGCGUAGAGCCAGGAGAAAUAACUGCAUGCAAGAAGGAGUCGUCAGAAGAAUCAGAAGAUCAAGUGCCCGCAAAAUAUUUUAUCUGUGAUAUAUGUAAAAAGCAAUUUGUGGAUAAAAACUAUUUAGAUACUCAUUUAAAACAUCACUCUGGAGAUUAUCCGUUCACUUGCGACAUUUGUACAAGGAAAUUUAAUACUCAGUUUGCCUUGAAUACACAUAAAUUUGAUCACUCGGGAGGGAAACCUUUUAAGUGUGAUAAAUGCAAUAAAAGUUAUAGGACAAAAAGCGCUUUAAAUACCCAUUCGUUAGCUCACACAGAGGGUUAUAAACACGAAUGUCACGUGUGUAAUAAACGAUUCAUAGUAAAGCAGAAUUUGAAUAUACAUAUGCGCGUACACACGGGAGAAAAACCUUAUACUUGUGCAACAUGUGGAACUAAGUUUCGCUCUAGACAUUGCUUACAGAAACAUUUGUUAGAGAAACACAACCAAGUAAUAGACAAACAGUUCAGUUGCGAUACUUGUGGGAAACGAUUUGCACUACAAGGGACUUUAGAGAAACAUAUGAAAAAACACACUGAGAAGGAAACGGGAGAUAAAAAGAAAGAACUAGCAUUUAUGUGUGAAAUAUGUAGCAAACGAUUUUCGACAAUAAGUAUACUUAAGUAUCAUAGAGAAAUACACAAUGAAGAAAGACCUUUCGAGUGCGAAGUAUGUCAUAAAAAGUUCCAAACGAAGAGGAGUUUACAGGACCACGUGAAGGUGCACGAAGACAAAAAACACUCGUGUGAAGUAUGUGGCCAGCAAUUCAGACAUAAAUCUGCCUUGAAAGUUCAUAUCCGACGGAUGCACUCCGAAAACAGACCACAUGUUUGCGAUGUUUGUAAAAAGGCUUUUGCAGUUCUUGCUGAACUAAAAAUUCACUAUCGGGUACACACUGGGGAGAAACCGUAUGCUUGCGAAAUAUGUUGUAAGAAAUUUCAACGCCUGAGUGGGAUUAAGAAACAUCUUAUAAAUGUCCACCACGAGAAACCUACGAAAUUUGUUAAAUUAAAAGAAUUAAAUAAAUAUGACUAAAUUAAAAGUGA